UGUCUUCUUCCUCGGGUGGCUCUUGCAUUUAUUCGACCCUGGUUCUUGACGUCUUCUCUUCUCUUCUCUUCUCUUCCGCUUCGCAUUUUCUUCAAUCUCCUCUGUGUGUCUCAGAGCGAGCAGGUCUCUUCCGUUUCCUUUAAUUCUCCAUUUCCGUCAGAUCUAACGGAAUCCUUCUUGGUGGUUUUCGGAUCAAUUGCGUUCAACUAAUCGCCUGCUUUUCUUUUCCAACCCUUAUUAAAGGGUUUGAUCCGAUUGCUCUUUGUUAGGGUUUUCUUGAAGAUUCGAGAUAAGUAAAUCAUCGAGACGAUUAAUCUAUUCUGAUCGCCCAGCCCUUUUGGUCUGGUGUGGAUUCGUGAUUCGUCUCGCUUCCCUUUAGACCGAAUUUCUUUUUUUCACAAGUGGUUUCUAGUUCUCGCAUCCUACUUAGAGCUUCUGUGAUUUCGACUGGUGAUUUUAAGAGGGGAAGUUAGCUUUAUUUCCUCGACUUAUCUUUGUUGUGGAGAUGUUGGGUGCGGGAUUGCAGUUCGGGCGGAGCCAUGGAGAGGAUCGAUUUUAUAAUCCGGUUAAAGCGAGGAGGAAUCAUCAUAAUCAGCAACAGCAACCACAGCAGCAGCAACAUCAACAACAGCUUCAAAGAACUAGGAAUAAUGGAGCUCUAAGCCCCUCCCCGACGACCAAGGGAAAGGCCGUAGUUUCAGACAAUAGGGAACCGGAGAACCGAGUGGGAUCUGAGGAAACGUCGAAGCCCGUAGCUAUGCCGGCUUCUGAACCAUCGAUAGCUCCUCCGAGCAACCUCGAUCGAUUCUUGGAAUCAACAACACCUUCUGUUCCUGCGCAGUAUCUAUCUAAGACUAGGAUGAGGGGUUGGAGGACUUGUGAUGUGGAAUUUCAGCCUUACUUCAAUCUUGGCGAUCUAUGGGAAUCCUUCAAGGAGUGGAGUGCAUAUGGUGCAGGAGUGCCUUUAAUACUGAAUGACAGUGACUGUGUUGUUCAGUAUUAUGUCCCUUAUUUGUCGGGUAUCCAAAUAUAUGGUGAAUCCGCGAGGUCCUCCUCUAAGUCGAGGCGACCUGGUGAGGACAGUGAUGGUGAUUACUACAGAGAUUCUAGUAGUGAUGGGAGCAGUGAUUGUGAACUGGAAAGGGGCUUGAAAUACUCAAGAGAACAGUUGAACCGCUACCAUAUAACAAGUGAGGCUUCUCUGAGGAUGGAUAGAUUGUCUUUGAGAGAGAAACAUAUUUCUCACCAAGAAGGCUUCUCUAGUGAUGAUGGUGAGGCAGGGAAUCCACGUGGUUGCCUUCUCUUUGAAUUUCUUGAACAGGAUCCUCCUUACAGCCGUGAACCUUUAGCUGACAAGAUAUCAGAUCUUGCUAGCCGCUUUCCUGAGCUGAAGACAUUGAGAAGUUGUGAUUUGCUACCAAUCAGUUGGGUUUCUGUGGCAUGGUACCCAAUAUACAGGAUACCAACAGGACCGACACUAAGAGAUUUGGAUGCUUGCUUUUUGACAUUUCACUCUCUUUCUACACCCAUGCGAGGUGGUGGAGGUGCGCAGGAUCCAAUAGUGACCUAUCCCAAUGGAGUGGAUGAUGUACCAAAGAUUUCUCUACCAGUUUUUGGUUUAGCUUCAUAUAAGUUCAAAGGAUCCAUGUGGACUCCAAAUGGGGGAUCUGAACGUCAAUUGGCAAGCUCUCUCUUGCAAGCCGCAGAUAACUGGUUAAGAUUGCUUCAGGUCAAUCACCCAGAUUUCCAGUUCUUUGCUUCACAUGGUGCAUGCCGCAGGUGAAAUUAAGGGGGGGAACCAGAUCAGCAGCUUAUUUUAUCUUCCAUUCUGCAACUAGGGUGCAACUUAUUUCCUGGUUGAAUGGCGGCAUGCCAACUACAGUGGCAGUGCGUUGUGGAAAUAAAGAUGGCAACUCGUAUAAAAGAUAGGAGCAAUCGGUUUGUUUCCUUGUGUCAAGAAGAGAGAAAAAUGAAACUAGAAAAAAGGCUAAAAUUCAAAAACAAAAAUGAAAAGACUGAAAAAUGUCACGGAAUGGAAGGAGAAGCAGAAUAAGGCCCAAGAAAGUUAAGGGGAAAAGAAAAAGAAAAAAAGAACAAAGAUGAUGUUGUAGGAGCUGAGCUAAGCUAAGCUAAGCUGGGGAAAAAGAUAAUUUAGCUCUGUCUUGGUGAUGUGGGUAAGUUUCUUCUUCUUGAAGGCUUAUAUAUUUAUAUUAUUACAUAUUUAUAUCUAUAUAUUUAAAUUAAUAGAAACACAGGCAUUCUUAGGUUUUUUUCCCUCAUAAGUAGUAUUUCAUGUGUUGUCCAGAUCUAAUUUUGGUUUUGAUAUUAAUGAUGUAUAAGAGGGCUAAAUUUGAGUUGCCCUUCUGAUGUCAGUAUGUUUUGAAGACUGACUUACAUGUUUUGACUUUUGACGGUCCUAAUGCAAAAUUGAAAAAAAAAAAUGAUGUAGAUGAAGUGAUGUUAAGAGGCGUAGUUAUAUCAAUGAACAUUGAUGUUUAGAACCGUGCCUA